AUGGGUCUCACUGGCGCCACCAAGACCUCGUUCGCGAACAUUCCCAACAAUACCAACCCAAAGUGGUGGCUUGAUGCUGGACUCCGACGGAAUGUACUGCACUGCGCGGGUAUCUGCCUCUGCCCCUUCUACCUAGGAUAUGAUCAGUCUCUCCUUGCCGGACUCCAGGCCAUUCCAGCAUGGCAAACAUACUUUGACAAGCCGACCGGAACGUAUCUCGGUAUCAUCGCAGCUAGUAUCUUCCUCCCUGCCCUCCUGGUCGCCUUUAUUGCCGACUAUCUCUGCACCGCAUUCGGGAGGAAGCGGAUCAUCUACGUCGGCUCUGUUCUCAUUGUUAUCGGCGGGAUCUUCAACGCGCUCUCGCAGUCCGGUGGGCAGUUCAUGGGAGCGCGCGUGAUCAUCGGUACUGGCGGAGCUAUCACAAAGGUCGCUGCCCCUGCUCUCCUCCAAGAGAUCGCACACCCUCGGUUGCGCGGUACCAUCGGCACCCUAUACUACUCCUUCUACUACUUUGGCUCGCUCACCGCUGCCUGCAUGAGCAUUGCCGGUCUUUACAUCAAAUCCGAAUGGAGCUGGCGCCUUCCGUGUAUCGUCCAGAUAAUCGGACCGGUCUUCGUCAUGGCGCUCAUCGUUACCGCUCCCGAGUCGCCUCGCUGGCUCGCGAAGAAGGGGCGGCUCGACGAAGCGCGCGCGGUGCUGGUCAAGCAUCACGCCAAUGGGGAUUCGGACGACGCGCUCGUUGAGUGGCAAUUCGGCGAGAUCCUCUCUGCCCUGCAUUCCGAAUCGCUCGUCGGCAAGUCCAGCUAUCUGGACUUCUUCAAGACCCCUGGCAAUCGUAAGCGGCUCUGGAUCAACUGUCUUCUGGGCCUCGCGUCCAACUGGGUCGGAAACGGCAUCAUCACCUAUUACCUCGCUCCUGUUUUACGGACACUGAUGACGGCCGCCUGGAACUGGAUGGUAUCCUUUGGCGCGGGCACCAAGUCGGAGCGUCUCGGACGUCGUUUCCUCUGGCUUGCCUCCAACUUUGGCAUGGCCGUAUCCUUUGCGUUCGUCAUGGGUCUUUCGGCAGCGUUUGCGCAGACUGGGAGUGCCGCUACUGGACUGGCCGUAGUCCCCUUCCUGUUCGUGGUCCACUUCUUUUACGACAUUGGCUACAUCACCAUGAACUAUUCAUACACCGUCGAGAUCAUGUCUCCGUCCAUGAGGACUAAGGGGCUGGCGCUGUACAUCUUCUUCAAUAAUUUGGGUAACGCGUUCAACCAAUUCGUGAACCCCAUCGCACUCGCCGCUCUGACUUGGAAGUAUUAUGCCGUCUACAUUGCCAUCGAUGUCUGCCUCGGCAUCGUCGUCUACCUUUACUUUCCCGAAACGGCCAAGAUGUCCAUCGAGGAGAUCUCUAUGAUCCUGGACUAUCCCUUGAAGGAUGGGCGGCAGCGAGUCAUGGAGGUCAUGGAGGAGAGAAGGCUGGCUGAGGCGAGUGAGGUGGCGAGGACCAAGGGGCUCGAUGAGGGGGGAAAGAUGGAGGUUUCGCACGUUGAGGAGCUUAAGCGCUAG